AAGUUACUCCCAAAACAUCAGAACGUGGAAUGAAUUCAUUGAAUUUGCGAUUGCGAGCCAUCCAAGUGCCGCCGCCGGUGAUGAAGAGAAAAAGACAAUCCCCAAAACCGCCUCCCUCCACCCCUCCAACGCCACAAACCCAAGCCCGCCACUCCAAAACCGCCGCAAAAUCCCGCGACUGGGUCCCUCUGAACCUGACCCGCGAAGAGCUCUCACUGCCGCUCACCUUCCCCACCGGCCAAACCUUCCGCUGGAAAAACACCGCCCCUCUGCAGUACACCGGCGUCGUCGGCUCCCACCACCUCCUAUCCCUCAAGCAUCUCCAAAACGGCGACGUCUGCUACUGCCUUCACUCCCGCUCCGAUGACGGUUCCCACUCCGAUGCCAGAACGGCCUUGCUCGACUUCCUCAACGCCGGCGUUUCGCUCGCUGAUAUGUGGAAGGUGUUCUCGGAUUCCGAUGCCCGGUUCGCCGAGUUGGCUCGCCAUUUGGGUGGUGCUCGGGUGCUCAGGCAAGACCCUUUUGAGUGCUUGAUUCAGUUCCUGUGUUCUUCCAACAACAACAUUGGGAGGAUUACAAAGAUGGUUGAUUACGUUUCCUCUCUUGGGAGUUACUUGGGUCCAGUUGGUGAUUUUCACUUCCAUGCUUUUCCUACUUUGGAGCAGCUUUCAUUGGUCUCAGAGCAACAGCUUAGAGAUGCUGGUUUUGGUUACAGGGCUAAGUAUAUAAUUGGCACGGUGAAUGCUUUGCAAUCGAAACCUGAGGGAGGGGAAGAGUGGCUUCGUUCUCUUCGUAAAUUGGAUCUUCAAGAUGUUAUAUCUGCCCUUUCUACGCUACCUGGAGUGGGUCCUAAAGUUGCUGCUUGCAUAGCUCUGUUCUCACUUGAUCAACACCAUGCCGUUCCUGUUGACACCCAUGUGUGGAAGAUUGCCAAAAGGUAUAUCUUACCUGAGCUUGCAGGUUCCUCGUUGACACCAAAGCUCUGUAAUCGUGUUGCAGAGGCAUUUGUUACUAAGUAUGGUAAAUAUGCUGGUUGGGCUCAAACUCUUCUAUUCAUAGCUGAAUUGCCAUCACAAAAGACCCUCCUGCCUUCACAUUUGUGGACUACCGAACAGAAAAGUCCCGCAAAGAUAGAAGACAGUGGAGAAGAAGUUGGUAAGAAAAGCAACUGUAGUCGUUCAAUCUUCCCCUUAUUAUAAUAUAGGCAUUCAACUUUCUGGCAGAUAUUUUCCUUUUUCAAGAGGUCUGCAGAUGGCUCUCAGGAUAUAAAUGCACUAGUCUUAGUUCUGAUAAGCUAUUGUCCAGAAUUAAAGAGAUAGAACGUGGUGAAGUCACACUGCAGGAUUGAUGAUGAUGUUUAAACUGCUAUAUGCAGGUUAUUGUAUUAUACAUACUGCUGACUGCUCCUUGUUCAGCCAUCAUUCUUAUUCUUUGCAUUUUAUUAGCUUCAUAUU